GGUCCUAUUGAAAGAACCACAGCCCACAAGCAUCGUCUCGUCGGUAGUACUGCGCAGCAAUAAACAAGUGCCGUCCCUUUGCGUUUUCCCUGCCUUCCAUUUGCAUUUUGAUCGAUUGAUUUCUAUAGAAAGAGAGAGAAAGUGAAAACCCCAGAACCUCAAGACAAUUCGGCACCCAGAAGGGAAAAUCCCUAAGCACUAGCCAUGUCUCUGGGCUAUGCCGAGAAGCUCUCCGUCAUUGAGGAUGUGGGCAACGUCGGAAUGGCCGAGUUCUUUGAUCAGCCGAACGUUCUUUGCGAGAAAGCUGAGCGACUUGCCAAGAUGAUCCAAAAGAGCAAGCACUUAGUCGUAUUUACUGGAGCGGGGAUAUCCACUUCAUGUGGUAUACCUGACUUCCGUGGCCCCAAGGGUAUCUGGACGCUUCAGCGCCUGGGAAAAGCCUUACCAGAAGCAGCUUUACCUUUCCACCGUGCAACACCAAGUGCAACUCACAUGGCAUUAGUUGAGCUUGAGAAGGCUGGUAUCUUGAAGUUCCUGAUUAGCCAGAAUGUUGACGGCCUCCAUCUUCGAUCUGGAAUACCGAGAGAAAAGUUUGCUGAAUUACAUGGAAAUUCCUUCAUGGAAAUAUGCCCAUCCUGUGGAACAGAAUAUUUGAGGGACUUCGAAAUUGAGACUAUUGGUUUGAAGGAGACUACACGCCGUUGCUCCAAGGCAGGUUGUGGUGCAAAAUUAAGAGACUCUGUCCUUGACUGGGAGGAUGCCUUGCCACCAAAGGAGAUGAAUCCAGCUGAAAAACACUGCAAAAUGGCCGAUCUUGUGUUAUGCCUAGGAACAAGUUUGCAGAUUACACCAGCAUGCAACUUACCCCUAAGAUGUCUCAAAGGUGGUGGGGAGAUUGUGAUAGUGAAUCUUCAGAAAACACCCAAGGACAAGAAAGCAAGUUUGGUGAUACAUGGGCGUGUAGACAAGGUGAUUGGAGGAGUCAUGAACGCGCUCAACAUGCGUAUUCCUCCAUUUGUUAGGGUUGAUCUUUUUCAGAUUGUUUUAUCUGAGGCCUUAAGUGUAGAUAAAAAAUAUGUGAACUGGACUCUCAGGAUAGCAAGUGUGCAUGGGAAGCAAGCACCCUUACCUUUUAUUAAAUCUGUUGAGGUAUCCUUCUCUGAAAGCUUGAACAUGAAAGCAGCAGUUCUAGUUAACCAACCUCUUCACCUGAAAAGAAGGACGGCAAGGAGCACAAAACCCUUCGAUAUUUUCUUGAAACUGAGUUUUGGUGCUGGCUGCAAGUGUUCAUCUACCAACCUAAAGAUUCCAGUCGACUUUGAGAUUCCAACCGACUGUUCCAAAGAAGACAAGAAUUCCAUCAUUAGCCGCUUGAAAGACCAAGCCAUCCACGACGCAUCUUGCGGGCAGACUGCUGUCGUAGAGAGGCUAUCCCUUUUAGUCCCCAAAAGUGAAAUCUCAGUCCAUGCCAUUGUCACCAACAUUAUCGAAUACAGCAUCUUACCCGGUGAGCAGGAAGUAUCUUCCCUGACCAAUACAUCCACGCACAAGAGGAGGAACGAGAGCCCAUUCGACAGCGGGAUAUCUUGGAAGCGGACAAAGGCAAGGAAGCCAAGGAGUAGACAUAAAAGAUGACUCCAUCCUGUGAUAUGAAUAUGAUAUGAUUUAAGGUCCGUACAUACUUAUGCUGUAGCAUUUGAAACAGCUUGGAGAUUUCUGUUUCCCCUCCCCCUUUUGGGAUUUAAUUCCUACAAUGGAAAGUAAGUGUGUGUGGUCUGAGAUAUGUUUUUUGGUAGAUAGUGACUCAGCCCACUUUUCCCUUUAGGACACUGGAAAAAGAUAUGACUACAAAUUGUCCCCAUCCUUGUAGAAAUUUUGAACUCUUUGGGAUAUGAAUUGUUUAUAAAUUAA